GGAGAGAGAGAGAAGGGAGGGAGAGUGAAGAGAGUGUAGAGAGAGUGGAGGGAGAGUAGAGAGAGAGAGUGGAGGGAGAGUGAAGAGAGAGAGAGAAGGGAGAGUGAAGAGAGAGGAGAGAGAGAGAAGGGAGAGUGGAGGGAGAGUGAAGGAGCGCGCGCGCCUCGAGUAGCAAUCAUGGCGUUCCGCAAAGUGGUGACAGGAAGCCUGCUUACAGCCGGAGGGGCGCUCGUCACUGUGUAUGGACUCUCGGAGCUCAUGGAAUAUAAGAAGCACAAGGCGCAACUCAGGAGUGUGGCGGCUGCCGAGCGCUUGACCCACGAGCUGCCCCCUUCAGGGAUGCCAUCGCGCGACGCCCAGCUCAUCAGCCUGCACACCACCAAGCAGUUUGACGUCCUCGUCAUUGGCGGGGGCGCCACAGGCUGCGGCUGCGCGCUUGACUCCGUCACGCGAGGUUUGAAGACGGCGUUGGUUGAGAAAAAUGACUUCUCCUCUGGGACAAGCAGCCGCAGCACAAAGCUCAUUCAUGGGGGUGUCCGGUAUCUCCAGAAAGCCAUCAUGAGGCUGGACACUGAGCAGUAUCGCAUGGUGAAGGAGGCUCUUCACGAACGAGCCAACUUGCUGGAGAUUGCACCUCAUCUCUCCACCCCACUGCCGAUUAUGCUGCCUGUCUACAAAUGGUGGCAGCUGCCCUAUUACUGGUUUGGGAUUAAGAUGUAUGACCUGGUUGCUGGCAGCCAGUGCCUUCGAAGCAGCUACCUGAUCAGCAAGAGCCGGGCUCUGGAGUUCUUCCCCAUGCUGAAGCGGGACAAGCUUGUUGGUGCUAUCGUCUACUACGACGGGCAGCACAACGACGCGCGGAUGAACAUCGCCAUCGCUCUGACGGCCGCACGGUAUGGGGCGGCCGUGGCCAAUCACACGGAGGUGAUGCAACUGCUCAAAAUUGCAGACCCAGAGACGGGCAAGGAGAAAAUCUGUGGCGCAAGAUGCCGCGACAACUUGACUGGAAAAGAAUUUGAUGUUCGCGCCAAGUGCGUUAUCAAUGCAACGGGUCCUUUCACAGACAUACUGCGCCAGAUGGAUAACAAAGAUACCCCGAAAAUUUGUCAGCCAAGUGCUGGUGUCCAUAUAAUAAUGCCCGGCUAUUACAGCCCAGAUAAGAUGGGUCUGCUGGACCCUGCUACCAGCGAUGGCCGGGUCAUCUUCUUCUUGCCGUGGGAGAGGACGACGGUGGCGGGAACCACCGACACGCCCACUGAAAUCACGGACACGCCCUCCCCACGCGAGGAGGACAUCCAGUUCAUCCUCAACGAAGUCCGGAACUACCUCAGCCCCGACGUGGAAGUUCGUCGAGGAGACGUUUUAGCGGCCUGGAGUGGGAUUCGCCCUCUGGUGACAGACCCUAACUCAAAGGACACGCAGUCCAUCUCCCGCAACCACGUAGUGCACAUCAGCGAGAGUGGCAUGGUCACCAUUGCCGGUGGCAAGUGGACGACGUACCGCUCGAUGGCGGAGGACACUCUGAACGCGGCGAUCGCGGCGCACGGCCUGCGGGCCACGUCGCCGUGCCGCACCGUGGGGCUGCUGCUGGAGGGGGCGCACGGCUGGACCCCCACCCUCUUCAUCCGCCUCGUGCAGGACUACGGGCUGGAGAGCGAGGUGGCAAUGCACCUGGCCUCCAGCUAUGGGGACAAAGCUUUUCAAAUCGCCAAGAUGGCAAAGGUGACCGGGAAGCGGUGGCCCAUCGUCGGAAAGAGGCUCGUCUCGGAGUUCCCGUACAUCGAGGCUGAGGUGAAGUUCGCCAUCCAGGAGUACGCGUGCACGGCCACGGACGUGAUCGCACGCCGCACGCGCCUGGCCUUCCUCAACGUGCAGGCGGCGGACGAGGCCCUGCCGCGCGUCAUCGAGAUCAUGGGCAAGGAGCUGAACUGGAGCGAAAAGCGCAAGCAGGAGGAGCUUGAAACUGCCAAGACGUUUCUCUACACUGAGAUGGGUUACAAGGCACGCUGGGAGCAACUGACAGACACCUCCGAAAUAAACCUCAACCCAGCUGAAAUCGACCGAUACAAGAAAAGAUUUUUAAAGUUUGACAAAGAAAAUAAGGGCUUCAUCACCACCGUAGAUUUGCAGGCAGUUCUGGAAAGUGCCGGUGACCAGAUUGAUGAAAACACACUGCACGAUAUUUUGAACGAAGUGGAUCUGAACAAGAAUGGGCAAGUGGAGCUGAAUGAGUUCCUUCAGCUGAUGAGUGCGGUCAAGAUGGGCUCGGUGUCGGAGAGCAGGUUGGCCACUCUGAUGAAGCUGGCAGAGAAUUUCUCGGGAGCAGAACAGCAGCACAAGCCGCAGAGAGAAGCCAUCCCCGUGGCCCGGAGCGGAGGUGGACUCUAGUCUGCGUCAUCACCACAAUUUUCUUCUGAGUCUCUCAAAUUGCGCACACACCGACUAUAAGGCAGCUUUACUUGACGAUGCAAGUGGCAUAUGCAGUGCCUCUUUGCAGUCCCCGUUCGCUCUGGUGACCAAUUUAGUAGCAUUGUCGCAUCUGCCGCAAUGGGCCUUUCUUUAGUGCUCAUUGUUUGCAUGGCCAACGCCAGACGUGGUGCCAAAAUUGUUCAUAUGUUGACAGUGCCAUAAGAAUAUCUUCUUGUGCAUGUGUGUGAUGCAUGUACGUUAUCAGAAGAUCAUUGGUUACACUGUGCAGUUUUCUUUGCGGACAUUGGUUCACUUUCAUCUGAUGGUUUCAAGCUGUGGUUAUUGAGGUUUAUUUGCAUGAAGGUACAAAGUCUUAAACUCUUUGCUUGGAAUAUUUAAUUUUGCUUAAAGUAGUUUAUGUUAUUGUUUUUAUGAUAUUUUAGGGUUGGGUAUCUAUUCAUCUCAAUGUAAUAAUAUAUUGAUAUAGAGUUGCCAGAUUAUAUGCAAUUUCAAUUGCUCAUUGAUACAUUUCACGUGCCAUAGCAACAAAACGCACAAGAGAAUGCCUGAACAAAUGAAUAGAUUUCCAUUGAUUGUUUUUCGUUUAUGAUUUUAUAACUUUUCUAAGCACUGCAUAACUUUAUUUAUGAUUGAUUAGGACAGUGCUGAAUACAUGCCUGUCUGCUGUAAUGCUUUUGAGGCUUAUUUUUGCUUCUAUUACAUUCACCGAGUGCAUUUCUUUCAUCCAAAUAUGUCCACGUCUCUUGUCUGCAGUGCACGGCGUGAGAACAGUUGAGCAUGGAAAUACGAUCAACUCGUUUGUAUUGCAGGCAAACCACUCGUAGAGAGCCGUUUUGAUCUCACGUCACUCUUCGUGUUGUAUUUGCUUUAGCCAUAGGAAUCAUUCUGCUUCACUUGGCUGAGAAUCCCCUCUUUGUAAAAUAAGUGAAUGCAGUCUGGUGAGAUAAGACGUGAACUGUGGUGUGGCACAACGUGCCUGACAUCCAGCUUCAGCACAGGUGGGUUCCAGCUUAAGGAGCGAAGGAUUUGGAUGGCUUGGCAGAAUCCUGCUCCUGAUUGAGCGCUCAGGAUGUUGCGUGAACACACAGUGACGCGCGAGUGCAUGGUGUCUGCAGCACUACGCCAGCUAUUGCUCGAGGAAAUACACUGGGUGAGAGGGUCUGGGCUACUGCUACAUUCAUCGCUGAUUUUUUUGCAUGAAACUAGUUUUGCACUGUAUUUCAGCCGAAUUAUCUACUGUAUGCAGUUGGUUUUGUUAUUGUUCUAAAAUAAAACAAGCAUUUCCAUGA